GACCGUCAUUUGCCUAAUCAAUUUAAAACCCGCACUAUGAACCAGCCAUCCACUAAAACAUCUCCACUACGUGUCCAACUCGAACGCCAUCCACAGAAAUGGAAAGCCAAACCCUCAUUCUCUCCCUCCUCGUUCUCUUCCUCUCCGCCGGAAUAUUCUUCCACCGGCGGCGGAAGAACCGUCAGCUGAAUCUGCCGCCGUCGCCGGCGAGAUCUCUGCCGGUGAUCGGACACCUCCGCCUCCUGAAGCCGCCGAUCCACCGGACAUUCCUCCGCCUCUCCGAAUCCCUCGGCGGAGCUCCGAUAUUCUCCCUCCGCCUCGGCAACCGCCUUGUCUUCGUCGUCUCGUCCGCUUCCAUCGUGGAAGAAUGCUUCACCAAGAACGACGUCGUCUUGGCGAAUCGGCCGAAGUUCAUAUUGAGCAAACAUGUCGGCUACGACAGCACGACUAUGGUCGGAGCUUCGUACGGAGAUCACUGGCGGAAUCUCCGCCGUAUCGGUGCCGUAGAGAUUUUUUCUUCUCACAGACUCAGUGGCUUCUUGUCCGUUCGUAAGGACGAGAUCCGACGGCUCAUAUUGCGUCUCUCCAAGAACUCUUCACACGGGUUUGCAAAGGUGGAGAUGAAAUCCAAGUUGGCCGACUUGGCAUUUAACAAUGUCAUCAGGAUGGUGGCCGGAAAACGUUACUACGGCGAUGAAGAUGAGGAAGACGAGGAGGCCAAACGUGUCAGACAUAUCAUUUCCGAGGUUCUAGAAAGGGCCGGCGCCGGAAACCCGGCCGACUAUUUUCCCUUCUUGCGUUGGGUCACCAAUUUCGAGAAACGGAUCAUGAGGUUAGGAGAUCGGUCUGACAAGUUAUGUCAGGGACUGAUCGACGAGAAACGAGCGAAUAAGGAGAAGGGCAACACGAUGAUCGAUCACUUGCUUUCUCUGCAAGAAACGGAACCCGAAUACUACACUGAUCGCAUCAUCAAAGGAAUCAUCUUCGCUUUGGUAGUGGCCGGGACCGACACAUCAGCAGUGACGUUGGAAUGGGCUCUAUCGAACCUUGUGAACCAUCCCGAGGUAUUGAAGAAGGCGAGAGACGAAAUCGAUAGCAAAGUCGGUCUGGACCGGGUCAUAGACGAACCGGACAUCUCUAACCUGCCUUACCUCCAAAGCAUCGUGAACGAAACACUUCGUCUCCAUCCAGCGGUACCAAUGCUACUUCCUCACAUGUCGUCGGAAGAUUGCAAGAUAGCGGGUUACGAUAUGCCACGUGGCACGAUGUUACUGACGAACAUGUGGGCGAUACAUAGAGAUCCCAGACUAUGGGAAGAUCCGGCGAGUUUUAAGCCGGAGAGGUUCGAGAAGGAAGGAGAGGCCGAGAAGCUAAUGCCGUUUGGAAUCGGACGAAGGGCUUGCCCAGGUUCAGGACUGGCUCAGCGGCUAGUGACCCUGGCUCUCGGAUCUUUGAUUCAGUGUUUCGAGUGGGAGAGGAUUGGUGAAGAACCGGUGGAUAUGGCCGAAGACAAAGGAUUAACCAUGCCCAAAUUGAUACCGUUGCAUGUCUUGUGCAAAUCUCGUGCCAUUGCUCGUAAAGUUCUCGAAGAGACCAUUUGAAUGCAUGUCCAUUAGGGUUCAUGCACGUUCUCUUGUUUUAAAAAAACAAAACAAAAUUUUCUCGUGUUUUGGCAAUUACUGUAAAAUCAAUGAAAAGCCAUGUGUUAGCGUUAACUUAUACGUAGUAGUAAUAAUGACUUGGUUUCUGUCA